AUGGUUGCGAAAUAUAUUUGGCUUAUACCAUUCAUAUCAUCAACAAUGCCGAAACCAAGAAAAAGAGCAUUUGGAAACGAUGAUAGUAGCGAAAGUGAUAGUAGUGAUGAUGGUUAUCUCAACUACAUAAAGGCGCGAAGUGAUAAAGUUCAGAAAGCUUCAGCAGCACAAUCUUGGUCUCAGAAAGUUUGCGAGGAACCUAAAUUAGAAGAGCCAAAAUCGAAGAUACCCAACGAAUCUCGGUAUAUCAAGAGUAUAUUAGAGUCUCAAAAGGAUAAGGAGCUUGGUAGGCUUUAUUAUCAAGCAGUUAAAAAUGAAUUGGAACAGCAGAAGUUCGACGCAAAGAGUCCCAGAGGACAGAAAUUCCUGACAAAAGGGUAUGCGGAUAAGAAGAAAGAGCUAGAAGCUGCGGCUCACACCGUAAAUGAACGGGAGGAACUAGAAGCGCAUGAUCUUACAGGAUUGUGUGGGCGUACAUUUUUCGCCUCGACAAGUCUACUAAGAGGUAAUGACCUUCAGGAGAGCCACCAACAUUUUGAUAAUAACGGUCAAAAGCAGGUGAGGAACUCCGAAAUCAGGUACAAUGACGUUUAUGUUAAUGAGAACUAUUUAAAAGGACGUGUCGAGGACAGAGAGCCACGUAAAGUAUCCGAAAAGCGGGCAACAGAGUUUCUGAAAAGUGUCAAGACAGACGCUGAUAUUGAACAAGCAAUUCAGGAUUACUGGAACCGUCAACAACAGCAUUCAAACUUGGGUAAUUGA